CCUUGCGGGGUCUCCGGUGUCCGCGGAGGCCCGGUCCGUUACCUGCCCGUGCGCAUGCCCCGGGGCCGCCCGUGCCGGGAGUGAAGCCGCCGCGGGUGCUGGUGGCCCAGCGCUGUGACCGGGAGCGGCCCGUGAGGAGCGCACUUGAAAUAUAGACUAUAUAAAGACUUAAAAGAUGUGGGAUCAAGGUGGACAACCUUGGCAGCAAUGGCCUUUGAACCAACAGCAGUGGAUGCAGUCAUUUCAGCACCAGCAAGAUCCAAGCCAGAUUGACUGGGCUGCAUUAGCUCAAGCAUGGAUUGCUCAGCGAGAAGCCUCAGGGCAACAGAGUGUAGUGGAACAACAAGGAAUGAUGCCGAACGGACAGGAUAUUUCAGCAAUAGAGUCUGGUCCAAACAACCAUAAUAAUUUUCAGGGGGAUCCCAACUUCAACAGAAUGUGGCAGCCAGAAUGGGGAAUGCCUCACCAGCCCCCUCACCCACCUCCAGAUCAGCAGUGGAUGACUCCAACCCCAGGUCAGAUGGAAAUUGUUCCUCCGUCCGAAGACAGCAACAGUCAGGACAGUGGGGAAUUUGCUUCCGACAACAGGCAUAUGUUUAACCAGAACAAUCACAACUUUGGGGGACCUCCCGAUAACUUUGCAAUGGGGCCAGUGAACCAGUUUGACUAUCAGCAUGGGGCUGCUUUUGGUCCACCUCAAGGUGGCUUUCACCCACCUUAUUGGCAGCCAGGACCGCCAGGACCACCAGGUCCACCAGCACCUUCUGCACCUCCUCAAAAUCGAAGGGAAAGACCCUCAUUCAGAGACCGACAGCGUUCACCUAUCACGAUGCCUGUGAAGCAGGAGCCUCCACAGAUUGAUGCUGUGAAGCGUAGAACUCUGCCUGCCUGGAUUCGUGAGGGCCUGGAAAAGAUGGAACGAGAAAAACAGAAAAAGUUGGAAAAAGAGAGGAUGGAGCAGCAACGUUCACAGUUGUCUAAAAAAGAAAAAAAGGAAAGUGAGGAGGCUGGAGAAGGGGAUGGCCCACGGUUACCUCAGAAAAGUAAAUUUGACAGUGAUGAGGAAGAUGAAGAUGCUGAAAACACAGAAGCUGUAAGCGUUGGGAAAACCAGCAGGAGUCCAUCCCCGGCUCCUCAAGAGGAGCAAAGCGAACCAGAAAUGACAGAAGAGGAAAAGGAGUAUCAAAUGAUGAUGCUGACAAAAAUGCUGCUGACAGAGAUUCUCCUAGAUGUCACAAAUGAAGAAAUUUAUUAUGUGGCCAAAGAUGUUCACCGUAAAGCAACUAAAGCUCCUGCAAAACAGCUGGCACAGUCCAGUGCACUGGCUUCCCUCACUGGACUCGGUGGACUGGGUGGUUAUGGAUCAGGAGACAGUGAAGAUGAGAGGAGUGACAGAGGCUCUGAAUCAUCUGAUACUGAUGAUGAGGAAUUACGACACAGAAUCAGGCAAAAACAGGAAGCAUUUUGGAGAAAAGAGCGAGAACAGCAACUACUACUAGAAAAACAGCUAGAAGAAGAAAAGCUACAAAGUGAAAAAGUUUCAAAAGAGAUGAAUGAAUUUAUCAACAAAGAACAAAAUAGUAACUCGGCAUCACAGGAGGCAAAAGAAAUUGAAGCAGAUAUGGUUCAUGAAAAGAAAAGAUCUCCAAAUGCAAUUGCUCCUGAUACAGAGCUUAAAAAAGAGGGUAAAGAGAGGACAGGAAGGAGUGGGUCAGGAAGCUCUAGCAGUGGUAGCAGUAGCAGCAAUAGCAGAAGCAGUAGCAGCAGCAGCACUGUAUCUAGUUCAUCCUAUAGCAGUAGCUCAGGUAGUAGUCGCAGCUCUUCACGUUCUUCCUCUCCUAAAAGGAAGAAGAGGCACAGUCGCAGUAGGACACCUUCACAUAAAGUUAGGCGCAGCAGAAGCAGGAGUUACACCCACAGAAACAGGAGAGAGAGAAGUAGGAGCAGGGAGAAAAUAAGGGAAAGGAGAAGAUCUAGUAGAAAUCACAGUGCUGAAAGAGGAGAGAGGCGAAGAAAUCGGAGUCCUUCAAGAGAGAGAAGCUGGGAUAGACGUAGUAGCCGUUCCAGAGAUAGGCGAGCUAACCGUGCAAGCCGCAGCAGAAGCAGGGAUAGGCGUAAAGCUGAAGACCAGCGUAGAAGCCCUCCUGGAAAUAGGCACAAACAUAAAAGUGAGGGUAAAGACCAAGAAAGGAAGAAGGAGCAGGGUGGAGCUGUAGAUAAAGACAGAAAAAAGAACAGAGAAAGGGAGAAAGAUCAAGAAAAAAGGAAAGACAGGUCCAAAAAAGAGGAAAAAGAAAGUAAGGCUGGUAGUCAUGACGACAGUAGAUUAAAGAGAAAAAGGGACAGCGAAAGAACUUUCACUCGCGGUGAGUCCAUAUGUGUGAAAAUAAUAAGACAGGAUUCCAGGCAAGAAUGCAAAAGAAUUACUACCAAAGAUAGCAAAAAACGGUCAGGCUCCGAAUCUAGUGCGAGGAGUAGUUCUGAAUCGCCAGGAAGCAGCAAAGAAAAGAAAGCUAAGAAAUCGAAGCAUAUUCGGUCAUGCUCCAUGGAGAAAUCUCAAAGGUCUGGUAAGAAGGCAAGCCGCAAACACAAGUCUAAGUCACGAUCAAGAUCAAUGACUCCUCUUCGUCGUAAACGCUGAGGAAUUUAUGGCACCAGUGCUAUGAUGUUUAAAAAUUCCAUGAGUUAUAAAGGCUUGUCUCAUUAUAGAGGCACAUUGUGGCUAUGUAGGUGAAACCAGAAUCCUUUUUUUAUCUGUAAAUAAGUGUAUUUUUUCCAAAUGCUGCUCAGAAUUAAAUACCUAAUAGGAUUUCUUUGCAUUACCUUUUUUUUUUUUUUUUCUCCCCAAGAACGGUAGUGCUUAUUAAGAAUAUAAACCAGGCCAUUCUCUUUCAGCUGUAAUGUUCUUAAAAUUACUAUUGAAUGUACUGUGAUGUCAAUAAAGCUCUUUAGUUCAUUUUUUUUGUUUAAAAUUCUUGCACCUGAAUUUUGUGUUAAAUUGUAGAAGGUACUUUUU